AUGCUCCUGGCGUCAUUCAAGCACCUGGCGAAACUGCUAGUGGGUCGGCGGAUGCUCUCAGUGUCGGCCAAAGCCCUCCAGGCUCACCCCGACGCCACCGCUGACUCCCCCACCGGUCAGUACGUUAACACCAUCUCCAAGCCUUAUACCGUCACCACCUACGCCCGCCCCAACCUCAUGAUCACUCACGGCAAGGGCUCGCUUCUCUACGACUUGGAGGACCGCCGCUACAUCGAUUUCAUGCUGGGGAUCGCCGUCACUGGCUUGGGCCACUCCAACCCUGAAAUCACCAAGAUCAUCCUGGAACAGGCCGGGACGUUGAUGCAGUGCCUGAAUUUGUACUACAACAUGCCUGCCGGGGAGUUGGCUAACAAGUUAGUCACCCAUACUCAAUCGCUGGGCGGGAUGAAGGACGCUCAGCGUGUAUUCCUUUGUAACUCCGGUACCGAAGCUAACGAGGCGGCGCUCAAGUUUGCUCGUAAAUAUGGCACCCAACAGCUGCCGGAGAAGCACGAGAUCAUCACCUUUGAAAACUCGUUCCACGGGAGAACCAUGGGGGCGUUGUCGGUGACUCCCAACCCCAAGUACCAGAAACCGUUCUCGCCGCUUAUCCCAGGUGUCCACGUGGCUAACCCUAACGAUAUCGAGCUGGUGAAACAAGUGAUUCUGAAGGAUAAGACCUGUGCCGUGAUUAUUGAGCCCAUCCAGGGUGAAGGUGGUGUUACUCCCAUUGCCGAAGAGUUCCUCGUGGAAUUGCGCAAAUUGUGUGACGAAAACGACGUCAUCCUCAUCUACGACGAAAUUCAGUGUGGUUUGGGCCGCCUGGGUAAGCUUUGGGCUCACUGCUACACUCCUGAAGCCCACCCUGAUAUUUUGACUAUGGCUAAAGCCCUUGGUAAUGGGUUCCCCAUUGGUGCCGUGAUGGUGCUGGAAAAGGUUGAAAAAGCUCUUAGUGUGGGUGACCACGGUACCACUUAUGGCGGUAACCCCUUGGCUGCUAAGGUGGGCUCCUAUGUAAUCGACCAGGUCUCCAACCCUGAAUUUCUCGAACAAGUGGUGUACAAGGGCGACAAGUUCGCUCGUGGGUUAGAAGUGAUUGCCAAGAAGCACCCCGAGGCCAUCAUCGCCGUCAAGGGCCGCGGUUUGUUGACUGGGUUGCAAUUUGCCGACCUGGUCGACAUCUCGCAAAUCGUCAACAAGUGCCGCGACCACGGGUUGUUGUUGAUCAGUGCCGGGAUGAACGUGGUGCGGAUUGUGCCGGCGCUUAACAUUCCUAAUGAUUUGAUUGACGAUGGGUUGGCGAUCUUGGAAAAGGUGGUGGACGAAGUGUUGGCCUAA